AUGUCUCAGCUAGGAGACAACCAGUCACCAGGGCCCAAUGGCCACGAUGCAAUGGUUGACCAGCUAAUGAGGCAACCCGAGAGCUUCACAUCUGACCCAGCACCGGUCAAUGAGCCAGAACCUCGGCAGGAAUCUCAAGAGGCCCAGCAGCUCCAACAGCCAGUGACCAUGCAGAAUCCAAUCCUCCAAGUCAUUGUCCCUAGAGUUCACAAUCACAGCGACUACAAAUACCUUCCGGGCCAUUUCAAGGUCCGGCGAAUUUUGCACAUCGAAUCAAGCAAUCCCGAGAAGCCGGUGUACACCGUUCGACUUGCGAGCGGAGAACGAGAGAUUAUGACACCCCAUCGACUCAUGCGUCUUGAAAAUAGCACGCAAGCUCUGGAUGUAUUCAGUCCAGAAACGGAAUCUGACGACGAAAUUCUAAUGGUAGGUUCUCGAGCCACCGCACGCAAUCUCUCAUUCGGGGGGGACGGGGCAGAAGAUGGGACAGGAGAUGGAGAAUGGAAAAUGGUUGAUUCCGGCAGUCGAAUUUUACGGCCACGCCGCCAUAUUUCUACUGCGCCUGGCCAGUACGCUGCGUUCUACCGGACCCAAAGCAGCUCCAGUUCCGAUGAAAACCAGGAAAGCUCCAGUGAUGAACUCAAUGAGCGCCAGCCCUCAAGACGGCGUAGGUUGAGCCGACGUCCAAGAAGACAGAUUCCAUCAUCCAAUGAGGACGAGGAGUCACCUGCCCCCGAACCGCCAACGCGUGUUUCCACUCGUCUCCGCAAGAGCGUCCGCAACAACCUGCGUGAACGAUUGGAAGAUGACCUUUCGGACGCAGAGGGUGACGCUCCUAAACAACAGAAAUACGCCGGAGCCCGAGAAGCUUUCCCCGUUCUUCAACGAGAUGAUGAAUUCAGACAGCGACACUUUGCAUGCUGUUCUACCUGCAAUUACUACGAGGACGAUGAAGUUAAAGGACCACUUGUUUUUUGCCAGGGCUGCACUUCUUCAUAUCACCAACAGUGUCUUGGUCCCCGCAGUAGCAGAGAACACCUUGUCACAAAGAUUGAUGAGGAGCACUUCAUUCUUCAGUGUCGCCGCUGUCUUGGGGUUGCACACAGCAAACACGAUGUUUCUCCUCACCUAGGCUCUUGCGCUGUUUGCAAAGAAAAGGGCCCGAUGUCACAGCCACUCCGGGUACGUCUCUCCUCCAAGGAAGAGCAGCAGCAACGCAUCGCAAAUGGUGGUACGGACCCUAUUACCCCGGUCGACAUGGCUCAAGUAAACAGCAUCGAUAACAUCCUUUUCCGGUGCGCGAGCUGCCAUCGAGCCUUCCACAUUGAACACCUUCCGGCGAAACCAGAUCAUGACCUCACGGAGGUAUUUUGCGAAUACACGACGCAUUGGCAAUGCCAAGAAUGCUCUGAUGCCCCAGGUGAGAUUGAAGCUCUAGCUGCUUGGCGUCCCUGCAAUUCACCCUUCAAGGGCUCAAGACAACCCCUUGUUGAAGUUAUCCCGGAAGUAGAAAAGGAGUAUCUCGUCAAGUGGAAGCAGAAGUCAUACUUCCGGACUAAUUGGAUGCCUGGAGACUGGGUUUGGGGCGUCAGUACUGUCGCCAUGCGUCGAGCGUUCUUCAACUCUCCCAAGGCCCGGAAUCCAAUUUGGACAGCUGAAGAGGCGAUCCCGGAGGAGAAUCUACGAAUUGAUAUCGUCUUUGAUGUUACCUUUCCAGAUGGUACCGACCCGGAGGAUCUGAAUAAUCCCGAGCUUGUUCAAGAGGCGUUUGUCAAAUACAAGGGCUUAAACUAUGAGGACUCGGUCUGGGAAUCGCCUCCGGACCUAAAUGACACUGCUCGAUGGGAGGACUUCGAGCUCGCUUUCAAUGACUGGUUGUACCGAGACACUAUCGAGCCCCCAAAUCGAAACACCCUCAAGAAGCACCUUGACUCUGUGCGGCGCCAGAAUUUCGAGAGGGAUCUGGUCUUGGAAACUGAACCCGAGUUGAUCACCGGUGGCCAACUCAUGGAGUAUCAGCUAGACGGUGUGAAUUGGCUUUACUACAUGUUCAUGAAGCAGCAAAAUUCCAUCCUAGCCGACGACAUGGGCCUGGGCAAGACGAUACAGGUUAUUGCUCUUUUUGCCACCCUUAUUCAGAAACAUCAGUGCUGGCCAUUCCUCGUUGUUGCCCCCAACUCAACUGUUCCCAACUGGCGGCGUGAGAUCAAGAAGUGGUCGCCGGGAAUCCGAGUUGUCACAUACUAUGGCUCAGCUUUCUCCCGCCAGAUGGCGAAUGAUUACGAAAUGUUCCCCCAGCGCAACAGAAAACUUCGAUGCCAUGUGGUGAUUGCCUCGUACGAGAGCAUGGUAGAUGAAGAGGCGAAGAAGGCUUUGUCUAGAAUUCAUUGGGGAGGGCUGGUCGUUGAUGAAGGACAGCGUCUCAAGAACGACAAAUCACAGCUGUAUGAUCGACUCUGCCGAAUGAAGUUUGACUUCAAGGUUCUUCUCACUGGCACGCCUCUGCAAAAUAAUAUUCGGGAGCUAUUCAACCUGAUACAAUUCCUCGACCCCGACAAGGAUGCGAAUAUAUUAGAGGAGCAAUACGGAACGCUUACUACGGAGAACAUCAGAUCUCUUCACGACAUGAUCCGUCCGUUCUUCCUUCGUCGUACCAAAGCUGAGGUGUUGCCAUUUCUUCCGCCCAUGGUGCAAAUUAUCAUCCCCGUGUCGAUGUCUGUCGUGCAAAAGAAGCUGUACAAAUCGAUCCUGGGAAAGAACCCGCAAUUGAUCCAGGCAAUCUGCAAGAAGCAGACUGGCUCACUGAACAAAAAGAUCGAGCGGCACAACUUGAACAAUAUCUUGGUACAGCUUCGAAAAUGUCUUUGUCACCCUUUUAUCUACAACAGAGCCAUCGAGGAAAUGACCAGUGAUCCUAUUGUGGCUUUUCAACGCUUAGUAGAGGCUUCUGGAAAACUCAGGUUGCUAAAUGUGAUGCUACCCAAACUUCAAGAGCGUGGACACAGGGUCCUAAUCUUCAGCCAAUUUCUGGAGAACCUAGAUGUUGUUGAAGACUUCCUCAGUGGUCUUCAACUUCGCUACUGCCGCCUAGAUGGAAAUUUGACAUCUCGGCAGAAGCAACACCAGAUCGAUCAGUUUAAUGCGCCCAACUCUCCGUUCUUCGCGUUCUUGCUAUCAACUCGAUCAGGGGGUGUGGGUAUCAACCUUGCCACUGCUGACACUGUCAUCAUCAUGGAUCCAGACUUCAAUCCAAAGCAAGACCUGCAAGCUUUGUCCCGUGCCCAUCGAAUUGGCCAAAAGAACACCGUCUUGGUCUUCCACUUGACCACUCGGGGAUCAGUGGAAGAAAAGAUCAUGGAAAUGGGCAAGAAAAAGCUCGCACUGGAUCAUGUGCUUAUUGAGCGCAUGGAAGCUGAUGAAGACCAGGAGGAUUUGGAAUCCAUCCUCAGGCACGGUGCUCAAGCUUUAUUCAAUGACGACAAGUCUCUCGACAUCCAUUAUGAUUCGGACUCUAUCAACAAGCUCCUCGACCGCAGCCAGGCCGUAAAGGUUGAAAAGAUUGCGUCAGAUACCCCCGCUUCCUCGACCGAUCAGCCACAAUUCAGCUUCGCACGUGUGUGGCAGAAUGACAGCGGCACGCUCGAAGAAGUCACCGAAACUGAGGAGACGCCUGUUGAUGCCACUGUUUGGGAGGAAAUACUCCGUGAGCGGGAGCGCGAUGCCAAAGAGGAAGAAUACAGAAAGGCGGAGGGUCUUGGGCGUGGUAAGCGUAAACGAGCCGCAGUCAACUACCAAACUAUCAGAGAGGACGACGACGCUAACGAGCGGGGGGCGAUGAUUUCCUCUCCUGUCAAAGCGCGCAAGGCAGGCGACAGUGACGUCGAGUUCCAGCAAGAAGAGGAAGCUGCGCAAAGCGACACUACGUCAAAUGCAAUUGAGAACGCGAUGGAUAUUCAACAGCCGACUCCUACCCAAUCGAAGUCACUUUCUUUCAAGCGUGUCCACAACCCGCCACCUGAACCACCUCUCGGCCUGGAUGGCACCAUGGAUUUCCCUGCUCGCUGCAUUGCAUGCAACCAGCAUCACUUGCUCGGCCACUGCGCCUUGAAGAAAGUGGGACACGAAUAUUGCCCUCUGUGUGGCCUAGCGCACUUCGGCAGAAAUCGUAACUGUUCGCACUUCAGGUCUGAGACUCAGGUCCGCCGCAUGCUGGAUGCGUUAAGCCGGAGCAAUGAAAACCCAGACCAUGUUCGUUUGGCCAAAAAAUACCUGCAAGGUACCCUCGGUCACCUGGCAGCUCAGGCCCGCAUACAGGCGCAAAAAGAGGCAGACCUACUAGUGCCACGGAUCUCCUUGGCGCCACGCAGUCAGCACAUCGAAUGGCCUGCCCAGCCUCCUCCUGCGGCUAUAGUUCAGCCCCCGAGGAAUGAUCCGAUGAUCAUUGACCUUACUUAG